CGAAACUGUGCGGAUCCUAUGGAGUCAACCAUUCAGACUUCUGUAUACUUGUAAUUAUCAGAAUCGCAUAUGUGGGGAGGAGAAAAGAAAAUUGCAGGCCGAAAAUUUACUCCUUACAUAUUUAUCAUGUGCACUCUAUUAUCAACAUAACGAGGAAUUGGUGAACAUCAUUUCAAAACCCGUGACAAAACCUCUAUUCAACUAUGUUCAAUUCUUGCAAAACUUAGAUUUACACGAAUUUUUCACUGCCAUUCGGGACUGUACUGAAUCGAAGCGUUCUGAACAUGAGGAUGAAGCAGAUGAUUACAAUGAUUUUAUAAAUAUUUUGUGCAAAUUGUUUAUGAAUCAUUCGACAGGGCUUUGCAAACUAUCGAUAGACGUUGAUUGUAUUACAAGGGGCGUUCGCGAACGAGCAUGUGAGUCACUUCAAAGCAAGAACCUUUGUAAUUACUACCAAACCAUUACAAAGAGUAUUGGCUCAAAUAAUUGUUUGUCUCAACUUACCGAACUCAUCAUGCCAUCAGGAAGUGUAAAUAAAACCGAAUUGUUAUCGGCGUUAAUUCCAGUUUCGAGAAACUUGAAGAAAAUAGUAGUGAGAGUGGAUUAUAGAGUUUAUCAUUGGUGUUAUAAUGGCAGAAUAGCAGAGAGACCUUAUGUUGAACAAGAAGCAAUAUCUCUGGCUGGUUUGAUCAUGGCACAAAAAAGUUUAGUGUAUCUUGGAUUGUGCUCUUGUGCAGAGGGGUUAGAGUAUCUGCUGGCGUCAAUUGAGAGCCAAGCUGACACCUUAAAGUAUUUAUCAUUCGAAAGAGUUUAUUUUUACGACCUUGACUUGUUCAAACACAUGGCUCCUUUGAGAAAUUUAGAGCAGAUACAAUUCAAUCAUUGCACAUUCGAACCGAAAAAUGAUUCAAAGCCUUUUCUUUACGAGAGUCGUUUUCCGAAAUUAGUGAAACUGGAGAUGAGGUGGUCGUCAGGUGCUGAUUAUGUGGUGGAGAUUUUAAGAUCAGCAGCCAAUGGUUGCCUCAAUGUUGAGACCGAACCUCAUAAUUCGAUUUUUGACUUGGAAUAUUGGUGA